AGCCCCCCAAAUUCCUUUUUUACCCAUCACCCAGUCCCAUAGGGAAGUAUUUUCUCUAUUUUAUGGGUAAGAAAAUUGAGACUCAGAGCCCAAAUGACUUGUUUCUGGUACAGUAGAAAGUGCCCCAGGCUGGGAAUUUGGCCAGUGUGGACACUUCUUACGUCCUCAGCACUUAGGAGCCGGCUGGGAGCACCAUUAUGCAGCCUGUGAUCCCGACACCCGUUCCCUGCCUGGGACUGCUUGGAGCUGUCUGCAGGGAGCUUUGGCUCCAGUGACCUCUAGUUCCUCUGGCCUCUGGAGGUGGGGCGCCCAGACCACCCCUACAAGCCUUUGCCUCACCAUCUUCACUUAUCCAGCUUUUACCACACCCCAACCCCCACAGCUGCUGUAUUUUUCUCUCUAGCUGCUCCUCCCUGCUCUAGCCAGUGGGGCUCUGGCCCCGGACACAAGUGACUCUUGUUUGAAGUAACCUUUCAACCUUAACUAAACCUUCAAGGCUCAUCCCACAGGCAUCUCCUUUUUUUAAGAGAACCGGCCAGGCUGCGGUGUGGACACACUCCCAGGCCGCUGUGGCCCCAGCCCCGCCUGACAGGAUGAGUGGAUCUGAUGCGGGGCUGGAGGAGGAGCCAGAGCUGAGCAUCACCCUCACGCUGCGGAUGCUGAUGCAUGGGAAGGAGGUGGGCAGCAUAAUCGGGAAGAAAGGAGAGACUGUAAAGCGAAUCCGGGAGCAGAGCAGUGCCCGGAUCACCAUCUCUGAGGGCUCCUGCCCUGAGCGCAUCACCACCAUCACUGGGUCGACGGCGGCCGUCUUCCACGCGGUCUCCAUGAUCGCCUUCAAGUUGGACGAGGACCUUUGUGCUGCUCCUGCAAAUGGUGGGAAUGUCUCCAGGCCUCCAGUGACCCUGCGCCUGGUGAUCCCUGCCAGCCAGUGUGGCUCCCUGAUUGGGAAGGCCGGCACCAAGAUCAAAGAAAUCCGAGAGACCACAGGUGCUCAGGUGCAGGUGGCAGGGGAUCUGCUCCCCAACUCCACAGAGCGUGCCGUCACUGUGUCCGGGGUGCCUGAUGCCAUCAUCCUGUGUGUGCGCCAGAUCUGUGCUGUUAUUCUGGAGUCCCCACCCAAAGGAGCUACUAUCCCAUACCAUCCAAGCCUCUCCUUAGGUACUGUCCUUCUCUCCACCAACCAGGGCUUCUCCGUCCAGGGUCAGUAUGGAGCUGUGACUCCCGCUGAGGUCACCAAGCUGCAGCAGCUCUCGGGCCACGCUGUUCCCUUCGCCUCACCCAGCAUGGUGCCAGGACUGGAUCCUGGCGCACAGACCAGCUCACAGGAGUUCCUGGUUCCCAACGAUCUGAUUGGCUGUGUGAUCGGGCGCCAGGGCAGCAAGAUCAGUGAGAUCCGGCAGAUGUCAGGGGCACACAUCAAGAUUGGGAACCAAGCGGAGGGCGCUGGCGAGCGGCACGUGACCAUCACUGGUUCGCCGGUCUCCAUCGCCCUGGCCCAGUACCUCAUCACUGCCUGGCCCAGGUUUGAGUGUCUAGCUGCCUCUUCGAUACCUCCAUCAGGACUAGGACCUGGCAUCUCAAACUUCCUGUUCAAAACAGCCAUGACCCUGACCCCUCCCCAGCCUGCUCUGUCUAGCUGCCUCUUCGAUACCUCCAUCAGGACUAGGACCUGGCAUCUCAAACUUCCUGUUCAAAACAGCCAUGACCCUGACCCCUCCCCAGCCUGCUCUGUUCAGUCCCCCUCAGUAAACUCCACCGCUGAAAUUUUCACUGCUACCUCUGCUCCACUAACAUACCUGGAUCCAGUCGUGUCUCCAAACACCUCUGCCCUGGUCCCCGCCACAUCUCUCCCUGGGACUGUUUUGGUGUCCUCCUGGAGGAAGUCCUGGCCUCUGCCCCUGCAGCUCAUGCUAGUCACUUGCUUCAGGUCCAUUGUCCAUUUCCACACAGCUGCCCUGCCCUUUAGGGAGCUCUACUCAGCUUCCUUUGCCAGUUGGAUUUUGGGUACAUUCAGUCAAUGGAAGUAACCGGCAGGACCCUGGCAGGUGAAGGGAGGAAAAAGGGACACACACCCCUUUGUGCUCAGCUUGGGGCUCUGGGUCUACCUCUGUAGCCUCUCUCUCCAGAGCUGUGGUUCUCUAGCCAGCUGCCCUGCUGAGUUGUGAAAUAACCAUUUUCUCCCCCAGCCCCCUGCUAAUCUUUGGAAUGUCUCAUCAUCCCCUUAGCAGUUCAAUUUCUUCUCUGUAUCAAAUUCCUGUUGCCCAGAAAACCUACAGUGAUUUCAGUUUUGCUGACAGUCUCUUGACUGACACAUCCUAAUGUCCCUUCUCUACAUAGCACCUGGAGACAGAUCUGGUCCUGACACUGUUCUCAUCCCUUAGAGUGGAAUUUCUUGGAGUAGAAUAUUCUAUCAGAAUAGAGUAUCUGUUGCUUGGCUCGGCCUUCCUCUGUGCUGGCUUGGCCCUUCCCACCUCACCCACCUCACCCUUCUUCACCUUGCCUACCAAGCUUCCAGCCACAGCAAUCAUCUCACUGCUCCAACUACAUGUUAAAACUGUCCACCCCAGGACCUUUGCACUUGCAGUUUCCUCUGCCAGAACACACAUCCCAUAGCUUGCUCCCUCACCGAUUCAGGUCUCUGCUUGAGAGAGGCCUUCAGUGACCAUCUUUUUAAAAAUCAUUCCACCUUCCCAUCACUAAUUCUUUCACCCUGCUUUAUAUUUAUUUCUGGCUCUUCUCCUGCCUGAUGUGCUCUUUUGUAUCUAUGUACAUGUCUGUAGAGCCUGUUUUACUACACAGUAAGCUCCAUGACAGCAGGGACCUCUGUCUUGCUCAUACCAGUGCCCCCGGGCCCCUCACAGGCAUAGUCAGCAAUACAGAGUAGGUGGUGGAGACCACCUGGAGCUUUAGGUUUGACUUGUUUCGUGCUGGAAUUUGGAGGGCCUCAGUAUAAUUUUUCAUAAUUCAGAUGAGAAAACUGGCAUCCAGAGAGGGAAGAAGUGUGUCCCAGAUCAAAAGCUGAGCUAGACCUUGUUUCUUGGGCUCUGUCC